AAGAUUUACACUUUGACCCAACAUACCAAAGGAACUCGAGUUCAUCAUAACUAUCUCGAUCAUUGGAGAAGUACUAGCUAACUUUAGCUGCAAAUUUAAAAGGGGUAAGUUUAUUUAAAAAGUUAAAGUUAGCAUUAAUCGAAUAGGUCUAUUAUUUUAUGCAAAUACAUGCAGAUAAAAAAAAGCAAGUGACGGUGUAGUUUAACUAUUCUCCCAUCUGUUGAAUAAUGGAAUCUGUUAGCGUUGACCCAGCCAAAAUAACAGCUUUUCGCGAAGCUUUCCUUAAAGAGAAGGCCGACGCUAUUAAAAACGACGAAUAUGACCAGAGAGACAUUGAUAGAAUGAAUAACGAUGACGAUUAUGUAUCUUGCUUUGUGAAAUCUGGAAAAACUGAAGGAGAUCCCGUAAAAGGUGUUCAGCUGUUCCACGACGUUUUCACUUAUAGAAAACAAAUGAACAUAUGGGAUUUGAAACGUGAAGAUAUCAAUCCUGAAUUAUUGGAAAAAGAGAUUUUCAUGUACAAGAAUGUUGACAAUAAAGGACAAAAGUUGUUUCAUUUCCAAGUGGGCAAACACGCCAAAGGAACGUUUACUGAUGAGAUCAAGAAGUUAUUGGCUUUGCUUAUGGAUGAAUUUCAUAGAGAGAAUGCUGGAAAGAAUUGUUUUGUUCUCAUCUUUGAUUUUACUAAUUCCGGAUUAAGCAACGCUGACUUGGAAAUUGUCAAGUACGUUAUUAGCUGUGUAACUGUCUACUUUCCAAGAAUAGUUGACUACAUUCUACUCUUUGAAAUGCCAUUCCUUUUGGGUGCCGUAUGGAAGAUUGUUCAAGCCUGGUUGUCGGCUGAACAAAAGAAGUUUAUCAAGUUUGUCAAAAAGUCCGACAUUAAGCAGUACAUAGACGAAGAUAAUUUAGAAGAUCACAUGAAAAAGUAG